AUGCCGUCGUCGAGGUCCACGCCUGCCGCCUUUAAAGGGCCCGUUAACUGGUAUUAUAUUCUCACCAUCGUCGUCAUUGGAUGUGGCUCCAUCCCCAAGGGCUACGACGAGGGUGGCUUCAGCGCCGCCGUCAGCCUCAGGUCCUUCAAAGAUGACUUCUAUCUCAGCGCUGGGAAGUGGGUGGAUAACCCCUCUGGCCUGGCCAGCAGAAAGGCCAAUAUCACCUCGUUUGGCGUCCUGGGCGCCGCCUUCGGCUCCCUGAUAGCCUCGGCCAUCACCGACCGGAUCGGUCGGCUGAGGUGCUGGCAGCUGCUCGCCCUGCUGUACAUGAGCGGCUAUGUGAUGCAGAUAUUCUCGUCGGGUAUCUAUGGCUUCCUGUUGUUCGCUCGCAUAUGGGGCGGACUGGGCGCCGGCGGCCUAACCGUCGUCGGCCCAUUAUACCUCUCUGAGAUAGCCCCUGCCAAGAGCCGUGGCAUGAUCGUCAGCGUCUCUAUGGUGUUCCUGUUGACUUUUCUGUCUCUCGGCUUCUUUAUCAAUUAUGCCGCGAGUAUUACUAUGCCGGACUAUCGUCCGCAGUACCGGCUUGUGAUUGCUAUUCCCCUCAUCCCCGUUGGGCUAGCCCUCAUCACGUCCCUUUUCAUUUCUGAUACGCCUAGAUGGCUCGCAUCCAAGGGCCGUGGGGAUGAGGCACUGGCGGUCCUCGCCAGGCUCCGUCAGAAGAGUAGUGACGACUACGAGCUUCAGGCUGAGUUUGAUGAGUUGCAACACCAAAUCCAGUCCAAGGAGAGGCUGUCUGGGGUCAAGACCUGGGAAAUCGUCAAGGAGAUCUUCACGACGCCAUCUUACCGCAAACGUUUCCUACUGGCCAUCGCCAUGCAGACUGUAGCGCAGUGGUCCGGUGGCAACGGGAUUACCUACUACAUCCCGCAGAUCUUCGAAUACGCCGGCGUCACGGGCGACAGCAGGUCGCUCAUCACCUCUGGGGCUUACGGUAUUGUCAAGCUGGUGUUUACGAUGAUCUUCACGUGGGGCCUGGUCGAUGUCAUCGGCCGCCGGCGAUGCUUCAUCACGGGCCUGGCCAUGCAGCUCAUCACCCACGCAUACAUGGCAGUCUACACCGGGGUCUGGGUCUACCACGGGACGAUCAACAAGCCUGCUUCGGACGUCGCCAUUGCAAGCGUCUUCAUCUACGCCGUCGGCUGGUCCAUCGGCCUGUGUACUGUCCAGUACCUGUACGGCACCGAGAUCUUCCCCACGCGCAUCCGCAGCGUCUGCUAUGCGUUCAACAUGGCGGUGCACUGGCUGUUCCAAUUUGCUGUGGUCAGGGUCACGCCAAAUAUGUUUGUGAGCCUCCAUAUCUGGGGCGCAUAUGUGUUCUGGGCGUGCAUCUGCGCCAUCGGGCUGGUUGUGCUGGGGCUGUGGGCGCCCGAAACGAAAGGAGUGCCCCUCGAGAGGAUGGAAGAGCUCUUUGCUGGCCACUGGUGGAUGGGUUGGAAGGCAAAGGUCGAUCUUGAAUCUAGUGAUACGCAGACUCUCAGAAGGUCAAGAGCGUCUUCGCCCGUGGAUGUUAUGGAAAGGGGCAAAGAGGGCGAGGCAGGCUCGCCUGGUGGCCCUUUAAGGGCGACGUAG